GGUAUCAGAAUUGAAAUAUCACAAUCGGAUCAUUGAUCAUUAACACGGGUUUUAACAGAAACCUGGUCGACAAAGAGAUUAACAUUUUCGCCGAAUUGUUUAAAACUCGACAGAAGAAACUGUUGGCUCCUUCAAAAUGCCUCCAACAGAGACACUUGACAUUGUAACGCAUCAAGCAAGCAUCUGGGCAGUAACAACUUCUAUUGCUGUCGUUGAUGCGGUUGUCUCGGCACCUGUCGCUCUUCCAUCAUCUACCGAAUACUGUAGUACCACUCAUCACAAAGACUUUACCCCCUAUUAUCGUUUCUUCGGGCUCAUGAUAUGCUUUUCUGUUUUUAUUUACUUGGAAAAGCUAAGUACGUUCGAUCAUUUUGGAAUCACGUUGCAAGAUUUCAAGGAUACGAUCGCUUGUUUGAAGUAUGGCCUACAAGAGGAGUGUGAAGAAAUCAUAUAUUCGCGAGCCGGCGCUUUAGGAAAUUGGACAGAAUAUCCACCCUACAAGGUGUACCAUUCCAAGAAGAAGAAGAAGAAGAAGGAGAAGAAUAAGAAGAGAUCAUUACUUUCCGUAUUUCGGGGAGCUUCAAGUGCAAUCGAACGGGACAAUGAUGUUAAAGAUGACGUACGAGGCGUGAGUGAAUUUAGCAAGAGUACAAAGGUAGAUGACGAUGGAAAUAUCCCUCAGGAUACCAUAGAUGACCUGUUUUUGAACGUGCAUCCUAUGCGGAAAGGGUGAAUGGUAGACGGCAUUCAAGAUUGCAUACCAAUUUCACAUUCGAACUGUUAGCAUUCAGCGGCGGAUUAUAUCAGCAUGGACUUGAUUUUCUUGGUAGCCUGGACUUCGAACCGGACACGCGAUGAUGCGGGAGAGUUAAUCAAAAACAUUACUUCUAAAGGCGUUGUUGAAUAAGAGCUUUUGUUAUCAAAGUCUUUGUGUUUCACAACAAACCCGGCCCUAUUUUUCGAACGAAUACUGGAAAUUCUAAGCAGAUUCCAUGUCAAAUGGACCAAUUAAUCUGAAUAGCUUUAGUCGGCCAUAGUGGCCCUCUUUCGGAGACAGCUCAGAUCAUCCAGAACCUGUGAGUUCAAUAGGAGAUUGCUCGCCAACAGAUAAAGACGAGAUACGACA